AAAGCGCUCAGUUCUUUCAGUGUGUGACGCACCUGCAGCAGCAGCUCAGCUCAGAUCAGCUCAGGGUUUUGGUGUCACUUCCAACUCCACUCAUACUGGAGGCAACAACAGGAAUACAGCAGAAGAAGACGUUCGUCCUCGCUGUACUCCUAACAGUACUACAUGCACUCUCUGUAGUGGUGUACUGUAAGGUACUGUUACUGCGCCCACUGUGCUGUGGCUGCACCUACGACAUUUCCUGAUACCAUCUCUCCACCUGUGAUCUCACAGGUCACGGAAGCAGUGGACGAUAAAAUGACAAACCUUUCAAGAUAUCUGGUCAACCACCUCAUGACGUUCUCACUCCAGGAUGGGGAUGUGCAGGGUGUGGAGGAGGCGCAGGCUCGACUCUCCUUCUUGGCUGAGAGCAACAAGCUGUGGAGCCAACAGAUGUUCCUGGAUGUUGGAACAGAGGCCAUUCAGCUUCGAGACAUCCAGAGUCAGGAUGAGCUUGAGAGCUACACCCUAAAAUCCAUCCUGCGCUGCGACACCAUCAACACGGUGAAACACUUCUCAUCGCUGCUCAUGUUGAUCUGCAAAAGUGAAGAUCAGAAGAAGCCGGACAUUCACUUCUUCAACUGUGAGCGUGUGAUGGCGGAGGAAAUUCGUGAUGACAUUGCACGCACUGUUUCAGGUUCCUCCAAACUUGAGGUCAUCAGCCCCUCAGAUGCCACCAGGCCACCUCAAAGUGAAGGAGACAUGAUCGACCCCUGCGGAAUCCCGAGUCACCCCGUCGCACAUGCUCCCAACCCACCACCAUCCAACCCUCCACCUUACCCAGGCCCCAGAGCGGUCAAUGUGGUCAACGGUGGACCUGACAUCGCUUUCCUGCGAGCGGAGAGAGAAGUGGGCAUCCUCAACCACUGUUUUGACGACAUCGAGAACUUCAUGGCCAAGCUGCAGCAGACAGCAGAGGCUGCAACGGUGCUGAACCAGAGGAAGAAGAAAAAGAAGAAAAGUAAAAAGCAAAGUGCUGAAGAAGAUUUAUUGACUGCAAAGGCCCGUCCCCCACCAGAGGAGGAGUUCAUCGAUAUCUUCCAGAAAUUUAAAUACUGCUUCAGUCUACUGGCUCGUCUGAAAUCAACCAUCACCAACCCUUCGUCAGAGGAACUGGUUCACCACGUCUUUAAACCACUCGACAUGAUGGUGAAAACAACAGGAGGACCAGCUAUGGGGGCCUCAGUGUCAAGUCCAGCUAUGACCGACUCUGCUGUGUCCCUACUACAAGACAACCUGAACCUGGAAGAGAGGCAGCUGUGGACGUCCCUGGGUCCCAACUGGACACACUCGCACUCUCAGCUCAGGGGGCCCAUCGCACCGUACAGCCCUGUGUUCUUGGACGGUUGGAAACCGGAAGCCCUGAGGCCAGACGGGCAGGUUUGGGAAGAUCCAGUCGAGUCACAGUACAAACAUGAAGCCCUCCAAGAAAAACUAGAGCAGCAGCAGCCUCCUCAGCCUGUAGGGCCUCCCGACACGGACCUCACUGACGAAACAGAUGGCAGCCCACUCUCACCACUACCUGACAGACUCUACACCUGCAGUUACGCCUUUAUAGCCAGGAAUAGCAGUGAGCUGUCAGUGCAGCAGGGGGAGACACUGGAGGUGGUAGAAUCGUCCAAGCGCUGGUGGAAGUGUCGUAACCGCUUCAACCAGGUUGGUUUUGUCCCCUUCAACAUCCUGGAGCCCAUGGCCCACGUAGACAGCCCCGUCAACAGCAAACCUCCAAAUAUCCCAGCUCCUCCUCCUCUCACCAAGACUUUUUCUCUGGUCCCUCCCAGUCCUCCUUCUCUGCCUCAGGCUCCGUCACACUCCCAACAGCGUCCGCUCAGCUUACCUGCAUACAGCCAACACGUAGCAGCUGCAGAAGACACAGAUAAAGUCAUGAUGGUGAACGAUGAGCUUCUGCAGAGGCUAACCAACGGGAAGACCAACCUACACAAACCCCUGGUCAUCCCUCGAUCUUCGGAGACGUCUGUUCCUCUGGACUAUCAUUCUCCUCCAGCAGAGGUGGCCGAGUGGCUCAGAGGGAAAGGCUUCAACGAAAUGACGGUGUCAUGUUUGGGAGUACUGACGGGAGCUCAGCUUUUCUCGCUUCACAAGGAGGAGCUACGAAGAGUUGUGCCAGCUGAGGGCGCCAGAGUCUACAGUCAGCUCGCCGUGCAGAAAGCACUGCUUGAGGACGCUCGGAGAGCCACAGAGCUGGAGGCCGUGAUGGAGAAGCAGAAGCAGAAGGUUGACCUGAAACUGGAGAGCAGCACGUUGUGAAGUGCAGGCGUUUCUGACAUGAAGGACUUGACUGUCACUGGAUUCUUGUAUUAUAAUCAUUUCACAUAAUAAAGACAUGAUUGUCAAUGGACAAUAAAUAGACUGUCUAAACAGACAUAUCUACUUAACCAAGCCUUUAUCACAGACAGGCUCUGAGCAAAUGUAUUAGAGUAAAUCAUUUAACUAUACUGACAUGAGAUUUAAUUUAUUAACUAAAUAAAUCAUUGUUCCUUUAACUGACACAUGAUAAAAAAAAAACAUGACACAGAAUAUGGUUCUUUUUUUUUUAUUUAAUUUUAAAAGAAAGAGUUCUAGCAGAAAUUCAAAAAACAGUUUUUGAUUGGGCCCAUUUUUUUUGCAGAAGUUUGGACUCAAGGUGUAAAUACCCCCCCCACCAAAGGUACAUUUUCAGUUGUCCUCAAACGACUGGUCAACAUGCCAACAGGUACAAUUUACCAAUAUUCAUUUGAAUCAAAGUCUAACAAAUGUCAAAUUACAAACUAAAAACAAUCAUCGACUUACACCGGCCGCACAGAACUCCAUCACUGAUAAUCGGGAGGGGGGGACAAGAAGAGACGGUGUGAUUCUAAUGGCACCAAAUUAAAAACUUACUUGUGUAUUUACUGACUAAGCAUUGACUGAGUGUCAGCCAAAUGGAGACUAAACAUGGGACAAACAUUAAUGAAACCACACUCAAAGCAAGGAAAAAUAACACGAUUUUGAAGACGUUCAUAAUAUCAAUGAGUUCAAAACAUAUUUACAGACACAUUCUGUAUCAAGACACUGUCUGCUGAUCAAAGAAUUUGAACAGGUUCUUUUUUUGUACUCUAAUCCAGCAGAUUUUUAGAUUUGUUCGCUCAAUCUAUUGGAAUAGUUUAAGGGAUUUUUAUAAAGAGACACAGGAUGCGUUGGCUAGACGGCCAAAAAAAAAAAAAAAAAAUUACAAAGGUGGGUUUUCAAAAUUCAA